AUGGGGGACAUGGUUUACAAUCUAAGCCUCUUCGGCGCCUCGCCAUGCGGCUCCGUGCUCGUCCUCUUGUGCAACGCCGGACCCUCCCUGGUCCCUCUGGCACCGGGGCACGUGUUGCCAACACCGGCGUCAUGGCUUUGUGGCGGCGGAGGUGCCUGCACAGCCUCCGCCGCUGCGACGGCUGUGGGAGCUGUCAGCAGUACCAGCGGCGGCCUGGUGAUCUUGGGGCAGCCAGUGGGCACCGGCGGAGGGACGCAGGGGCUACGACAGGUCGAACCGGAAGUCCUGAUGUGGCAGGAGGACUUGGCGGAUGUCCGGGCACGUCUACAGCCGGCGGCGGCGACAGUGGUGGAGGUGCAUUCUGUACAUAAGAGCCGUACCAGCCGCCAGCCAACGGCGGAGUCCGUGUCACAGUCUCUGCCGGACGAGUGGCGGCGGGUUUUGAACGCCAUGGCGGCGGACUUGGCUGCCGGCGGCGGCGGAGGAACAGCCGUCGUACCCGUGGUAGGGAAGACGAUGAUGGCGGCGCCGUCACUGCCAUUACGCGCAUGCUUGGUGCCGCUGCGGCUGGGUACGGAUAUUAUCGGGGCGCUACUGCUGGUGGUGGCAGCGGCGCCGCCGCCGCCACCACUGCCAAGGCCCCCGUCGCCGCCAUCGCCGUUGCCGGCUGCGGGAGCUGCGUGUCGAGUGGAGACGGUGACGGCGGCGGCCCCGGCGGAGGCUGCACAGGCGAGCUCGUCCCUGCCGUACCCUCUCAGCCGGGACUUUCUGACGGGUAUCGCGGCAGCUGUGGCGGAAUGCUGUCUGGGUCCAAACCUGGCAGAUGUUCACAGGGUAACCCUAGCUGCAUGCGAGCUGGCAUCAGCUGCCGACCUGCAAUGCCUUGCCAGCUGCCUCUCCACCGCGAUGACGGAGGCCCUGGCGUCGGAGCUUCACGUGGACUUUACCGUACGGCUAGCCCUGGUGCCGUACACUCCCGGCGCGCGGGGCAGUCCGCAGUACGGCUUUUUGCUAACGGAGCAACAGCAGUUUCCGACGACGACGGCGCUGGCGCAGCCGCAGCACGCCGGCGGCAGCACGUACGUCGGCGGCGGAAGCCAGCUGAGCACGGCUCUCAGCACCGGGGCCCCGGGUGUGGGUUCGGAGCUGCUGUCGCGGCUGCCGAUGACCCAUGGGCCUGCAUCGCGGGCGGCGACGAGGUCCUUGACUCACCAAUCGUUUGCAGAACGAUUGAUGGCCGCCAAGCUUUCUGGCGGCAUUCCCUCCUGCAGCGUGCCCUCCCUGGACCCCCUGCUCAGUACGACAUUGGCCUCCGGCGCCCAGGCACAGCUGACGCCGCCGCUGACGCCGCCGCUGACCGUAUCCGUCCCCUUCGCUGGUGGUGGUGGCGGCGGCGGCGGCGGCGGCACGCUGACCAGCGGCCUGCACUCUUUCCAGCUGCCGGUGGGGUGUUGGGGCCGCAGAUCGGGUGUUCCCCCGGAGCAGCCAGUGCGGAUGUGGAAGGCCCGGCCGUUCUCCCUGGAGUCGACGCUGCUAGCCGCGCUCGCAUCCAGAGCGGCCAAGUCCACGAACACCGGCCUCUGCCCCUCACCUGCUACGGCCGCGGCUGCUGGUGCGGGUGCUGGUGCUGGUGCUGGUGCGGGCUUCAGCUCAGUGUUCGCGACCACGAUGAGUGCCCUGUCGCACUGUGCUUUGGACGACGGCGGGGUGUCGUCAGGGAUGCCGUCGCCGCAGCCGCGCGCUGCCGCGGCCGCCGCCGGCGGCGGCGCCCACGCCGGAGGCCAAUCAAGCUACAUGGCGGUGGGAUCGUCGCUUGUGAGCGGCGCAUUCGGCAUUGCUGGCGGCGGCGGCGGCGGCGGUGGGGUGGGAAAGGGAUUUCGGAUAUGUCGAUUAGGUGGCACUGUCGUACCCCACGUGCAUGCGUAUGUCAACGAUACGGACCAGCCCUCGGGCGAUAUUGUGCUGCUCCUCCGCACGGCGGCGACGGGUGCGGGCGCCGCCGCGAGCACCGGCGGCGCCGGCGGCGUCGGCCGUGGCGUCGCUGCCGCCGGCGGAGGUUAUGCCGUAUUACCGGGGAGCGCCGUGGGAGUCGCCAGCGGCGGCGCUGGCGGCGUUGGCGGCCCGGCGUCCUUAGUUUUGGUGAUGGGUUCUGUGGCACUGCUGGCGGCGGACUUGAACCGAGUCGGCGGCGCCGCCGCCGCCGCGCCGGUGACGGAGGCAGGACAUGACAACGCCGCCGCCGGGGUAGCGGCGGCACAGCCGCGUACGCCGGGACGCGGCACCGGCACCGGCAUGACGUCACCGUUGCCACCAUCGCCGUGGCCGACGCCGUUGGUCCUCCGUGCGGCAGGCAGCGUUGGCGGCGGCGUUGGCAGCGGCAGCGGCAGCUUCGACGUGUGUUUGGCUCUGUACCUAGCGUCAAGCGAGCGGCUGCCCGCCUCCCUGCUGUGUGCCGCCAGGAGCCGUGCUCUGGUGCUUUUGGAGCUGCUGCUGCCAGCCAUCGGUGCCUGCCUCUCAGACGCUGCGUCAGCGGAGCUGCAGUACCUUACCGAUGCCGUAUCUGGCUCCACCGCCGCCGCUGGCGGCAGUGGCGGCGGCGCGUUGGGACGCGCUGCAUCGAUACCCGUCGGCCGUUGCCACCAAAGCCCCCGGGCGCCGCACGGUAUCGCCGAUGACGGCAGUCCACACCACCCAUCCAUGCAGCAGGAGCAGCAGCAGCUGCUGACGCCGCCGCCGCUGAACGGCAUAGGCGCCCCCGCGGCCGCCGCCUUGACGGAGGUGGACACCGUGGAUGCCAUCGCCGCCGCCAACACCUCCGUCGCCAAGUCCGGCAAGACGAGCAUGGGUGGCUCCGGGGUCCCACAUCCUGCGACGUCGGCGUCGCUGUCCCUACGUGUGUACGGCGCUCGCGACACUGUGGCUGUGGCUGUUGCUGCUGCUGCUGCGGCGACGGCGGCAGGGUCGACGGCGGGGAAUCCCCUGGAGGCGACGGAGGCGGACGGCGCGGCGCUGGCGCAGCUGCUUGUGACCCCCACUCAGGAAAAUGUGGGCAAUAUCGGAAACACAGCUAUCUUGGGCACCGGAUGGACCAAUUUCACCGCCGCGGCUGUGCAAGGGACGCGCGGCACCUCCGACGCCGCCCCCCGGGUACCGCGGAGCCGCUUAUCUAACGCCACCGUCACGACGACAUUUACCACUGCCACCGCCACGACCGCCGGCCAGCAUCAAAUGACGGCGACCGCCGCCACCACGCCGGCCGGUACGGCAGCGGCAAGCAUACUCAUGAACAGUUACAACAGCUUGGUUUCGGCGCUGAUGGGUAGCGGUAGCGUCACCGGCAAGGCUGGCGGUGGCGGCGGCGGCGGCGGCGGUGGCGGCGGCGCCGCUGCCAUUACGACGUCGGCCUGCGAGGAUUCAUCAAUGCUGCCGACGCCGCCGCCGUCGCUGCUACAGCAGCAGCAGCAGCAGCAGCAGCAGCUAGGUCCUAGCCUGCAACGGCGGACGAUGUUACGCCAGGUUUCCGACCUGAUUGCCACCAUGCCGUUGGACGUCUCUGACACGCUGACCGUUAUGCGGUCCAACAUGGACAUCUUGGUGAGCUCCUUUUGGAACACGCUGCGGGCGCAAAACACGGAUGCGGCGCCCAGUCCCCAUGCCGAUGAGGACUUGCGGUUCCUGCGGCUGCUGAAGGUGGCAGUGAAGGUGAUGCGGGCGCCGGACGAGGGCGUGGAGGCGGACGGAGAGGGCGGCGACGACGCGGCGGCGGUAGAGGAGGAGGAGGAGGACCAGGCGGGGCCGCAGGGGGAGCCGGCCGCUCGUCCCGCUGUACGGCAGGCCAAGCUGCGUGCCAUCAUGCGAGGCGCCCGCGAGCUCGCCGUGAUGACCAGCAUCAGCCACCCCAAUAUCGUGCAGAUCUAUAGCUACCAUACGCGUGUUCUCGUCAAGUACGACGUGGACGAGACGACGCAAGGCGGCAGCGUUGGCGGCGGCCGUACAACCGCGGCGGCGGCAGUCAGCGGCGCGCUGCCUCUUCUCAUCCCCGUACCCGAGACGGCGCCGUCGGGUGGCACGUCGGGCCCCCUCCAAACGGUGCUGAUUAUGGAGUGCUGCGACCUGGGAUCGUUGGCGGAUGCAUUGGACAGCGGCCUGUUUGCGACCGCCAUUCGCAACGCGGAGUCGGCGCGCUGGCGGCCCGGGGUGCGCCGCUCCGCCACCGCCGCCUCCCUCCUCGGCUCCGCUGCUACUCAUGGCGGCGGCGGCGGCGGCAGCAGGGGCGAGUACGGCAACUACGGCAAGGCCAUGGCCAGCGGCGGCAGCAGCCGUACCGCCGGCGGCGGCAACGUCGCUGGCGGCAGCGCCAUGCGCGCCAUUUACCUCACCCUGUUGGAAGUGGCGUUGGCGUUACGCCACAUGCACGCCCGGCAGCUGGUCCAUUGUGAUGUGAAACCCGCCAAUGUGCUGCUCAAGAGCUCCGCCAGCGACCCGCGGGGGUUCACAUGCAAGCUGACGGUCACCCACUUGGCGCCUGAGACGAUGGUGCAAGGAAGCAAGUUGGACCACACGGUGGACAUCUUUGCUUUUGGAAUCCUAAUGUGGGAGGUGUUCACGGGGAAGGCGCCGUACGCCGAACACGCAAUGACCAAUUUCCGGGACGUGCCGUACUGUGUCGUACGGGAGGGUCUGCGACCUACCUUCCCAUCCUCGACGCCGCUGGCCUUCAAGAGUUUGGCUCAGGCCUGUUGGUCCACGGACACGUCGCGGAGGCCCACCGCCGCCGCAUUGGUGGCCUCGUUGCAGCGACUGAUGGAUGCAGCGGCCUGCGGGCCGUGA